AUACCUAUCGCGAAGCAUUUGGUAUCCGCGAUGUCUUUCGUGAGCUUACUUUCUUGCCGUCAUAUCUUCACCUCUCUUGCGAGAGGCAUCCCGCUGGGGGCGGCGCCCCCACCCAACCUCCGCCCACGCGUUGGGACCUCAGGCCUAUGGCCGACUAGGAGGAAGGCGUCGGGACGCACCCAUGCGGCUCGGGGUCUCGUCGGCCAGACAGUGUACCGUAUACGAUACCUGUGACUGGAACGCAAGUUAGAAAUGGUGUCGACACCGAACGCCUCGAUGGGCUCACCUAGAGAACGGGAUAUGGGACCGGUGGCUGAUCAGUCGCGUUUUGCUAGAAAGCGUAACAACAUCAGCGAUCCGCGGUAUCCAAGAGACGACAACGCACCUCUCUUGAUACCGGUGGUGACAUUGCAGUCCCACUGUCUUGCCGCCACACUGGCCGACGGCGCGCUCCCUCUGUUCGAGAACAUGAAACAUACCCGUCGCGAACCACUCGAGGCCCGUAGUAUCUUCAGUGAGCUCCCUCUUUUGCGGUCAUAUCUUCACCUCUCUUGCGAGAGGCAUCCCGCUGGGGGUCGGCAUGCCACCCCCACCCAACCUCCGCCCACGCAUUGGGACCUCAGGCCAUAUGGCCGACUUGGAGGAAGGCGUCGGGACGCACCCAUGCGGCUCGGGGUCUCGUCGGCCAGACAGCGUACCGUGUACGAUACCUGUGACUGGAACGCAAGUCAGAAAUGGUGUCGACACCGAACGUCACAAUGAACCCACCUAGAGAACGGGAUUAUGGACCAGGGCUGACGAAUCGCGUACUGCUAGAAAGCGCGUCGACGUCAGCGAUCUGCGAGGUUCAAGAGACGAUAAUAUACCUUUCUUAAUCCCGUGAUCGUCGCCGUUCGGUUGUCUUGACGCCACAGUGGCUAAUGCCGCUUGCCGCUCCUCGAGAACAUGAAACAUACCUAGCGCAAGACUCUUUGGUGAGCUUGCUAACUUGCCGU